UUCUCUACGGUAGUACUGAGAAAAUAGAGAACAGUUUUGUUUAAUAGACCUCUAUUGUAGAUGGAAUGCUAUAAAGAAUAUAUUUUUGGCUCGCAUUUGGCAAGUGAUCGCAGAGCCUGAUGCCUUUUGGCUUCAAUCGAUUCGUUUAACAUUGGCUAUUAUUAGCCUCAGCUCACGUUAUCACCAACAAUUAGACCUUGUUUUCAAUACGGUCACUACAAAACAACACAAAUCCCUUUUUAAAAAAUCAGAAGAUCCACGAGUAAAUUUGAUAAAUUGAAGACAGUUUGUAGCAAGUCUCCUUCCCUAAUCAAAGAUGUCGGACGAUGAGGAAGUGUACUCCGAGUCUGAGGAAGAAACUCAGCCAGAGCCCGAGCCAGUAAAGAAGACAGAGAGUAGGGCCUCCAUAAAGGGAGGAGGCGACAAUGAUCCUGAAUUUGUCAAGCGCCAAGAAGCCAAGUCAUCGGCUCUUGACGAACAGCUGAAAGAGUACAUCGCCGAAUGGCGCAAACAGAGGUCAAAGGAGGAGGAUGAUCUCAAAAAGCUCAAGGAGAAACAGGCCAAGCGCAAGGUCAUGCGAGCGGAAGAAGAAAAGAAAAUGGCGGAACGCAAGAAGCAAGAGGAGGAGCGCAGAGUGAAGGAGAUCGAAGAGAAGAAACAGAGAGACAUGGAAGAGAAAAGAAAGCGCUUGGAAGAGGCCGAGAAGAAGAGACAGACAAUGAUGGCGGCUCUCAAGGACCAGAGCAAAUCGAAAGGACCCAACUUCACCGUAAACAAGAAAACAGACUUGAACAUGACCUCAGCUCAAAUGGAAAGGAACAAGACUAAGGAGCAGCUGGAGGAGGAGAAGAAGAUCUCUCUGUCGUUCCGCAUCAAGCCGUUGGCCAUCGAGAACAUGAGCAUCAACGCACUGCGCGCCAAGGCCCAGGAACUGUGGGACUGCAUCGUCAAGCUCGAAACUGAGAAGUACGAUCUGGAGGAACGCCAGAAGAGGCAGGACUACGAUCUCAAAGAAUUGAAAGAAAGACAAAAGCAGCAGCUGAGGCAUAAAGCCCUGAAAAAAGGCCUUGACCCUGAGGCUCUCACAGGAAAGUACCCACCAAAAAUCCAAGUCGCCUCCAAAUAUGAAAGACGUGUAGAUACAAGGUCAUACGACGACAAGAAGAAGCUCUUCGAAGGUGGAUACAUUGAGCAGACGAAAGAAACCAUGGAGAAGGUCUGGAACGAAAGAACAGACCAGUUUGGAAACCGUCCCAAAGCUAAACUGCCAAAAUGGUUCGGAGAGAGGCCAGGCAAGAAGAAGGACGACCCAGAGAGCCCCGAGGAAGAGGAAGUGAAGAAGGAUGACGAAGUAGAGGAACCAGUCUUCGAAGCCGAAGAGGAAGAGGAGGAGGAGGCCGAGGAAGAGGAGGAGGAAGAAGAAGAGGAGGAGGAAGAAGAGGAAGAGGAGGAGGAAGAAGAAUAAAUCAUUCGCAAGAAGCUACGAGUCAGCAACGUUUAACCAGCAUCCUCAAAACUGCUGACCCAGUCAAAAAUUCUUCAGCUUCAAAAACACUCUGAAUGGAUUUUCAAAACUGCGCUAAUUGAGAACCAGCUACCCGCCAUUUCGGCGUCUGGGGGACCCAAAAAUCUAUAGGGCGACUCCAAAAAUCACCAAAACAGCAAUAAAAGUGCCACGGACUGACACUCACCCAGACGCCAAUUUUGAAUUUGAAAAAACAGACAAUUUUGAAAUUUAACCAUCAAAAUUCUAGUUGUUAUAAGUUUGUUGCACUGUAACAAACAUUAUUAACAUAUUGAUUCCAACACCUAAUCUAACAUGAAAUUUAGAAAAAAAUGGCCGACUUUGAAGAUAAAAUGUGUGUACUAUCUAUAUGCAUUAACUAUUCUACAAUCUCCAUUCUUCUUAACUGGAACCAUAAAUUCUUACAGAUCUGAUGAUCUCUUCUCUCUUCGAGAUUUGAGGUUUUGUUGCAUUAUUAUAUAUACUCUUGUCUUGUUUUCUCAUUAAUAAAUUAAUUUGGAAAUGUAUAAAUAUAUAAAUAUUUAUUUAUGUCAGAUACUUGUUUGCUUUAAUGUAGCCUACCAGUGUGCA